GCACAUCUCUCUCACACACUGCACCGUGGGUGGGUACACACACACACAGCUAGGGUGCAAAAAGUACUCAACAAGCCUGGGUUAUUGUCUGUCUCGUAAGUGACUGCGUCAUGCAACCUCCAACCAUGCAGCACACACGCGCGCUGCUACUGCUCGUGCUGCUGCCCCUGCUGUUGUCGUAUGUUGACGCCUGUGCUGUCGAUGCUCCCCCGGAGAGCGAGAGACGGGACUGUUACCCGGAGUCCGGGGCCAGCCAAGGCGGGUGCGAGGCGAAGGGAUGCAUCUGGUGCGAGGCUCAGAUCCAGGGCACACCUUGGUGCUUCUUCCCCGACGGAAAGGAGGAGGUGAUCAAGCCGUGUGCGCAGUACGCGGACUGGGAGCGUCGCGACUGCCACCCGGAGCCCGGCUCCAGCGAGGAGAAGUGCCUCUCCAAGGGCUGCUGCUGGUCUCCGGCAUCAACGCAGGGCGCCCCGUGGUGCUUCUACGGAGACGCGGGAGCAGCGCCACCUCCCUCGGGAGGAGGGGAUGACAACAUGUGUCAGACGGUCAUCCCAGAACUGGACCGCAUCGACUGCUCCCCCAACACGCCCGUGACCCAGGGCUCGUGCGAGGCUUCGGGCUGCGUGUGGUGCCCCGCGCAGAUGUCUGGCUACGACAUUCCCUGGUGCUUCUUCAACCAGACGGAAUUCCCAGGGGCAGAAGAGGCAGCGGCGCGUGUGGACUGCAUGCCCGAGGGGGGCAGCGACCCCGCCAAGUGCCAGCAGCGUGGCUGUAUUUACGCCCCAGCCAAUGUGCCCGGCGCUCCAUUCUGCCAUCUUCCGUCCGACGGCUCCUACGGCUACAGCCUCGUUGGGCAGCCCGCCAACACGGCCCGCGGCCUCAGGUUCGAGCUGCAGCGCAUCCACACGACGACAAUGUUCGGCGGAGACCUGGAGCGCGUGACGCUCGACGUGGAGUUCCACACGCAGGACCGACUCCGAUUCAAGUUCUACGACCCCAACUCGAACCGCUUCGAGGUGCCGCUGGAGAUCCCCCGGCCCGACUCGGCGCCCGCGGUCAAGGCGUAUGACUUCCAGUGGAGCAACGACAACGGCUUCAGCAUCAAGGUCGUGCGCAAGGACACGGGCGCCGUGCUGUUUGACACGUCCCUGGCGGGACUCACGUUCGCCGACCAGUUCCUGCAGAUCGCCACGCGCCUCCCAUCCUCGCGCAUCUACGGCUUAGGGGAGCACGAGCGCUCGCGCUACCGCCAGUCGCUCAACUUCAAGACGUACGGAAUGUACUCCCGCGACCAACCACCCACGGCCAACGGGAACCUCUACGGCGUCCACAACUUCUACAUGUGCCUGGAGGACGACGCCAAGGCGCACGGCGUGCUGCUGCUCAACGCGAACGCGCAGGAGGUUGCGCUGUCGCCGCUGCCCGGCAUCACGUACCGCACCAUCGGGGGCGUGCUCGACUUCUACGUCUUCCUGGGACCCACGCCCGAGGGGGUGGUGCAGCAGUACACGGAGGCGGUGGGGCGGCCCUUCCUGCCCCCGUACUGGUCGCUGGGCUUCCAGCUGUCGCGCUACGGCUACAACAGCCUGGAGACGGUGCGCGCCACCGUGGACCGCAUGCGCGCCAGCGACAUCCCGCACGACGUGCAGUUCGGCGACAUCGACUACAUGCAGGAGCAGCGAGACUUCACCAUCGACAACGUGCGCUACGCAGGCCUCGGCCAAUACGUCAAAGAUCUGCAGAAAGACGGCAUGCGAUACGUCAUCAUCCUGGACCCGUGUCUCACCAAGGACGACCCCCCCGGCUCCUACCGGCCCUACGACCUGGGCAAUCAGCUGGGCGUGUGGGUCAACAACAGCGACGGGGUGACGCCCGCCGUCGGCAAGGUGUGGCCACCAGGGGGCUCUGUCUUCCCGGACUACGGCAACCCGGUGACCCGCGACUGGUGGAUCCAGAUGUGCGUGGAGUUCAUGGACGUGCUCAACUACGACGGACUGUGGAUCGACAUGAACGAGCCGGCUAACUUCGGCACCGGUCAGCAGAGCGGCUGUGCCGCCAACAAAUGGAACAACCCCCCGUUCAAACCACGCACCGUGUGGGGAGACACCCUGGCCGACAAGACCCUGUGCCCGGACUCCGUGUCCUACCUGGGCCUCCACUACGACACACACUCGCUGUUCGGAUGGUCGCAGAGCGAGCCGUCUUAUGCGGCGGCGGAGCGAGCGACGGGCAAGCGCGCCUUCGUGGUGUCGCGCUCCACCUUCCCUGGCUCGGGCCGCUACGUGGCCCACUGGACCGGAGACAAUCACUCGCAGUGGAGCAACGUGCACAUCUCCAUCGUGGGCAUGUUCGACUUCAACCUCUUCGGCAUACCCUACGUUGGAGCCGACAUCUGUGGCUUCAACGGUGACGUGCAGGAGGAGCUGUGCCUGCGCUGGAUGCAGCUUGGCGCCUUCUACCCCUUCUCUCGCAACCACAACGGCCUCAACUACAAGGAGCAAGACCCUGCGGCGUUCGGGGCGAACUUUGCGAGCAUCGCGCGUGACGCGCUGCGCGUGCGCUACACGCUGCUGCCGUACCUGUACACGCUGUUCCACGACGCGCACACGCUCGGCAGCACCGUGGUGCGCCCCCUGCUCCACGAGUUCCCCGAGGACUCGGCGACGCACGACAUCGACAGAGUCUUCCUGUGGGGGCCCGCGCUCAUGAUCGCGCCCGUGCUCACCGAGCAAACAUUCUCCAUCGAUGUUUACUUGCCGGAUGCCCGCUGGUUUGACUACUACAAGGGCACUGAGGUUUCAGUGGGGAAGAGGAAGACCUCCAUCACGGUUGACGCUCCAUUGGAGACGAUACCAAUCUUCGUGCGGGGAGGUUACGUGCUGCCCACUCAGGAUCCAGAGCGUACCACUUCCAAGAGCCGCCACAACCCCAUGGGCCUUCUGGUUGCUCUGGACGACACCGGCUCCGCCAAGGGCUCCCUUUACUGGGACGAUGGUGACUCCAUAGAUCCCAUUGAAAAAGGAAACUACUUCCUGGCUUCUUACUCCGUGUCCGGCGGGGAGCUGCACAACACCGUGCAGGUGAACGGCAGCCCUGACGCAAAGGCGCUGAGCCUCGGAGCGAUCCGCGUGCUGGGCGUCUCGUCCAAGCCCACAUCCGUCACCGUCAACGGCCAGUCCUGGACCAGCUACACGCACUCAUCCACGGGGGAGCUGGUGAUUACAGGUGUUUCCCAGUCCAUCAGCAGCCCUCUCAGUAUCCGUUGGGCUUAGAGAGCCACGGAGAGCGACGCCCUGCUGUGGAGGUGUCAAGCCAUCGCCAAACCUCUCUAAAAAUCAGCCCCUCGCAUACAGUAUGUAUGUAUGCGAGGCACGGAAUUGUGCAUCGAUUCAUUGAUUCAUAAGCUCACGAUAAUAAACUUAAAAAAUAAACAAUUUUGUUUUGCCAGGUAAGGUCCACCGAGCUAUAUUGCUCUAUUUCAGAAGCAACCUGGCCACAAAUGAUAGUCCAAUGAAGUGGCUUAUUAUUUGGAAAUGUAUAGCAGCCAAAUACUAAAUGCAUGUUUCUAAAUAUGGAGGGAAAAACUGAAGGCGAAAAAUCCACCCGACCACGGGGAGAACAUGCUAACUCCAAAUAUACAGGCAUCAGGGUCGGGAGACAUCACAGCGAUACACUCCACUGCUCCUGGCACGAUUAUCUGGCUGGACCACCUGAAUGUGAAAUUGUAGUUGUUGCUCUGAAUCUACAUCGGCCAUAUGAAAGAAAAAGAAAAGUUGGGAUCGAACCUAUGAUCUCCUGUAUACCAUGAGAGGUAGUUAACAUCUCACCACCGCAGCACCCACCACAACGUGUGAUAUAUGUGUUGAGUCGUGAGAGUAUGAAUCAAUUACCUAAACAAUUACACAUAUGGUUUGUUGGCCUGCGGAUAAUGGAACAAAUGAGAAAUCAUCGGAAAAUUAAGACUGAUAAUUUACCAAAUCAAAUACGAGCAUACAGAGUAGUUCUAAGAAAACAAAACAGUAAUAAAAUACAACGUGGACUGACCAUACAAAACAGGACAAUCGAGACAGACUAUACAAUUUGAAAUGUAUAAUAAUAUAUAUUCGUGACAAGAUUGACAGAUCACAUUGUUGGAAAGGUAAAUUGUUACGUCUAAUCUAUGCCCAGAAAAACAAUGCACCUACAUGGCAGACAUCAACUCCAUGGUAACGAUUUAUUGUUUGUGCUGCACGCUGUUUGCAUGCUGUAAAGGUCUUUAAAACAGAGAAAAAUCAUUACUGUGUGAACCACCUUGAGCAAGCGGAAAUGUUGAGAACCUGGUAACAAUUGUAUUUUAAUUUACCUUGUACUGAAGCUCGACCUCAAAAUUGCUGUAUGGAAUCAAAAUAAAUUAUUCUAAACUUCA